AAAGUGAACAUGAAAUCAAAUCUAACUUUGCAUUAGACUUUCACAAAAACAAUUGGUCAAACAAUUGAAUGGCAACGCUGUUCAUGUCCCAACCACACAUUAUUGAACUCUUUCUCUAACAAAUCCAGCAUUAACAGAAAACCAAACAUAAACACUUUUUAAUUACAAAUAAAUUUCCAAUUCCCAGAACAUGGGAACUGUCAUCGACUCCCAUUUUCUUGCUCUAACGGGAAUAGUCACUGUGGGUUAUCAGUUGCUGUUCUUUAUAAUCACUGUUCUUCUCAAGUUUGAUAAAGUCACCGACUUUGCUGGGAGCACUAAUUUUGUUAUACUUGCUUUGUUGACUCUGAUUCUAAAAGGGACAUGGUAUUUCAGGCAGGUUGUCUUGAGUUUACUCGUAGUUGUAUGGGGUCUUCGUCUGGGACUGUUUCUAUUAAUGAGGAUCUGCCAGUGGGGGGAGGAUAGGCGCUUUGACAAAAUGCGUGCUAAUUUGGGGAGAUUAGCAGUUUUCUGGAUAUUACAGGCUGUCUGGGUGUGGACAGUGAGUUUGCCUCUUACCGUGGUCAACGCAAGCGACAUAAAUCCAUCUGUUGAGAAUCGGGACAUAAUCGGAUGGAUUAUGUGGUCGGUAGGGCUUGCCAUUGAAGCUACAGCUGAUCAACAAAAACUGGCAUUCAAGAACUCUACAGAAAAUAGAGAGAAAUGGUGCAAUGUUGGACUGUGGAAAUAUACCCGUCAUCCAAACUAUUUUGGCGAGUUGUUGCUGUGGUGGGGAAUUUUUGUGGCUUCUACACCUGUGCUGCAGGCUCUUGAGUGGCUCGCAAUACUUGGGCCAUUCUUUCUCACAUUGUUGCUUCUUUUCCUCAGUGGCUUACCAUUGCUUGAGGACUCUGCUGACAAGAAAUAUAGCAAUGUGGCUGCAUACAGGGUCUAUAAGAGGACAACUAGCCCUCUCUUUCCGCUGCCUCCAGUAGUAUAUGGGAAAUUGCCUUCAUGGUUCAAGUCUAUUUUCCUCCUUGAACUUCCUUUGUACAGUCGCAAUUUUUCACGUGAAGGUGCAACAUGGCACUCACCACUUGUGCAAGGUGUAGAGUAAGCAACAACGAUGAACUGAAGAUGCAGUAGAACUUCCGUUCAGACAACUCGCUGAUGAUCUAAGUGAUCAUCUUUUAGCAACUUCUCCAAUGUUUCAAUUUCACUAUGGAUGACUUUGCAGUACUUUUCUGUUGAAAAUCUGGUACAUUUGAUUCGAAGAUUGAGUUGAUUUUUCAGUUCAGUUCAUAUCAAAACUGAUAUGUUUUUUUAUGUAAUGUCAUAUCAACUUAAACUAUAUUUAUUGGUUCGAUUAUAUUAUUUUAUUUAGUUCA